GAGGAGCCCGCAGAGCGCUGCUGGGGUGCCCUGGGGAGCAGACGACGGGGCCACAGCGCAGCGUUCCCCAGCUCCAGGCUGGGAAUCAGGGGGCAGCACCCCAGUGAUGCCCUAAAGCUGGGGAGGGCUUCGGCGACGCCGGCGUUCGCGGGGAGCUGCCCGGGACGAGCUUAUUCCAUGUCGGAGCAGCAUCGGCCCCCCUGCCCCGUGCCACCCGCUCCCCCUGCGCCCCGGCCAGCCCAGGACGCGGCACCGACGGCUCGCCCGGAGCAGCUCAGGAUAAAGAAGAGGUGACCAGGAUGCUGCACCAUGGGAGGCACUGGAGGUCCAUGUGCAAGGGGCUUGUCCUGGGGACCCUCCUGACAAGCUUCAUGCUGCUGCUGUACUCCUACGCCAUCCUCCCGCUGCAAGUCGGCGUGACAGACAUCCCGGCUUCCUCCUCCUGCUCCCCCCACCCAGCCACCGACAAAGCUCCAGCAGCAGCCAACAUCACGGGCAGCCCCUCGGCACCGAGCUGCCUGCCCAAGCUCAACAUCAUGUUCAUGAAGACACACAAGACAGCCAGCAGCACCAUCCUCAACAUCCUCUUCCGCUUCGGCGAGAAGCACCGCUUGAAAUUCGCCUUCCCCAACGGCCGCAACGACUUCUACUACCCGUCGUUCUUCGAGCGGCGGCAGGUGCGGCACUACCGGCCCGGCUCCUGCUUCAACAUCAUCUGCAACCACAUGCGCUUCCGCUUCCAGGAGGUGCGGCCGCUGCUGCCGCCCGACGCCGCCUUCGUCACCGUGCUGCGGGACCCCGCCUACCUCUUCGAGUCCUCCUUCCACUACUUCGGGCCUGUCAUCCCCCUCACCUGGAAGCUGACGGGGGAGGAUAAGAUGGCUCAGUUCCUCCAGGAUCCAUGGCGCUAUUAUGACCCCAAUGGGUUCAACGCUCACUACCUCCAAAACCUCCUCUUCUUCGACCUGGGCUAUGACAACAGCCUGGCCGCCGACAGCCCGCUGGUGGAGGAGCACAUCCGGGAGAUCGACGGCCGCUUCCACCUCGUCAUGUUGCUCGAGUACUUCGACGAGUCGCUGGUGCUGCUCAAGGACCUGCUGUGCUGGCAGCUGGAGGACGUUCUCUACUUCAAGCUCAACGCCCGGAAAGGCUCCACCGUGUCGCGGCUGACGCCCGAGCUCUACGAGAAAGCCACCGCCUGGAACCUCAUUGAUGCCAAGCUCUACCGCUACUUCAAUGCCACCUUCUGGAGGAAGGUGGAGGCCUACGGGAGGGAGAGGAUGGCCAAGGACGUGGCCGAGCUGCGGCGGGAGAACGAGAAGAUGAGGAGCAUCUGCAUCGAUGGGGGACACGCCGUGGACGCCAGCGCCAUCCAGGAGUCCUCCAUGCAGCCCUGGCAGCCGCUGGGGGAGAAGUCCAUCCUGGGCUACAACUUGAAGAAGAAGAUCAACAAGAAGCACCAGAAGCUGUGCCGCAAGAUGCUGACGCCCGAAAUCCAGUACCUGACCGACCUGGGCGUCAACCUCUGGAUCACCAAGCUCUGGAGCCGCGUGAGGGACUUCCUCAAGUGGUAGGGGAGGGCGGGCACCCCGCUGUCCCCAGCGAAGAACCAGGUGCUUUCCUUUUUCCUACUCAUGGUGUCUCUUGUUUGGACGUGAGGGGAAACAGCUGGAGGCUGCAGCGCCCAGGAACAGUCGGGGAGACGCUCCAUCACCCUCUGGGCAAGGAGAGCAGAGCCUCUGCCUCCAGCUCUGCCUCCCAGGGGUCGAGGACUGGGGGCUUGGGAAGGAUCCACUUCAUCCUCCCCCGCGCAAAGGCUGGAGGAGGUGUUGGUGAAGGACACAGCCUGGUCACAGCAGGAGCAGGACAGCCCUCAGCAUGUCGCCGGAGGUGCAGCGAGGGCACAGCAGUGGCAGAGGGUCAUCCUUGCCCAGGGUUGGCAGAGCUGCUGGUAGCAAACCCAAACCUCAAGGGGCUCCUCACAUCAUUGAGGUCUGGUUUUGGGGCUGUGUCAGAGCCUGCUGCACCACCGCUCCAGCCCGUGGCUGCAGUGAGCGCAGCACGUUCUCAGCCCACCUCAGCCAGGGCAGACUGUGACCCUGAGCCACAUGAGAAUGGAAAACCCACCCCAAAAGCCCCAGCGCUGAUCAGCGGGCUCAUGGUGCUCGUGGGUGAAGGGCACCCGUGCAGCAGGUCCCCUCCCAGCAGCGGGUCCCCUCCCAGCCCCAAUUGUCCCAGUCAGAGGGCCCCGUAGCCUCAGUCCCAAAGGCCCACGGGGUCUGGUGAGAGCCGGGGUGGGGAGGAGGUGAGGAGCAAGGUCCAGUGGCCCCUGUCCCGCUGAUGCCAGCCCCUGGGCAGGGGGCUGCUGAGCAUGGGGUCUGUUCCUCCCCUCCACGGGGGGACAGCCCCUGCGUGUCCUGGCCGGGCUGGAUGACACUGGCAAUGCCACGUCCUGCCGAGAGUGGCCCAGGCUGGGCACAGAGGUGGCACCCCUGGCUGAGCCUCCCCCGGGCACAGGGAUCCCCCCAGGCCCAG